GGCGGCGGGCGCCGCCGGGGGGCCGAGCUCCCGCCCCGACGGGCGGCGCUGGGAGCGGAGCGGAGCACGGCGCGGGGCACGGAGCGGCACGGAGCUUAGCCAGGAUAUCCCGUGUUCAAACCACCCCCUUUUCUGCCUGAUCUUUGUGGGCUUGCUGCUUGGCUUCACAAAUCUGAACUACCCAAAGAAGUGUGCCUGGCUCUUCUAGUCAGCAGCCAGGUCCAAGGCUUUGUGUUGCCAUUUUGCGAUGGCCAAGUUGUAGCAGUUUCCUUCCAUGCUCCAUUUGUGGCUGUGAGAGGGACAAGCCCCUUCUCCUCCAGAUUUGAACUCAAACAGAAGUUCUAGUCCUCAUCAUGGGAGCUGCCAGGCUGGUUGGACUGACAGUACUUGUUUGCAUCUGGUUUCACAAAGUUGCUGCUCAGAAUCUUAUAAAAAAUUCUAGAGCCCAGAAAACAGAACAUACUCUUUUGAUCAACGAAGUCAAUGCUGACAGCCCAGGAGAGGACACUUCUGAGUUUGUGGAGCUCUAUCACACCAGUGGUCAAACUGCCCGCUUAGAUGGCUACUAUCUGGUCUUUUACAAUGGCAACGGAAACCAAGCCUACAAGGUUUUGAACCUCCAGGGCAAAGUUACUAACAGCCAAGGGUUUUUUCUCAUUGGCUCCUCUUCUGUAAAUCCUGAUAUGGUCAUUCCUAAGAACACCAUCCAGAAUGGCCCUGAUGCUAUUGCCCUGUAUUACGGGAAAGGGAAUUACAAGGAAGGCAUGAGUGUCACAAGUGAUGGUCUGGUAGAUGCCUUGGUCCAUAAGAUUAAGAAGACAGACAGAGCAGAUAAGUUGGUCAGUAUACUGACCCCUGACAGAGAUGCUUUCAUGGAGGACUCCACAUUCAGGACCUUGGAUGAGUCAAUAGAAAGAUGCCGUGGGGCUGAUUCUCAAUGGAUCUUCCAAGUGGCUGUGCCCAGCCCAGGCAAGGACAACCACUGCAUCCUAACUUCUCAGCUGAAUGCAUCUACUGUCCUGAUUAGCGAGGUCCAUGCUGUAUCUUCCUCUGAAGAAUUUGAGUAUAUAGAGCUUCAGGGUCCUCAUUCCACUGUGGUGAGGGACAUCGUUCUGGUGCUGAUCGAUGGACGGACCAAAGACGUUUAUUUCACCAUGGACAUUUACGGCAAAACCUCCCUAGAUGGGCUACUUCUGAUUGGGCCAGAACAAAGCCAAAUCCCAGUGGAUUUGCCGUUUCCCCAGAACUCUAGCAGCCCCGUCCUCAGAGAUGGUGCCAAUGCCGUUGCCCUCUACCGAGGCAGCAGCAGCAGCUUUGUCCUGGGGAAAGCGCUGCCAGCGGCCGACCUGGUGGAUGCGUUUGUAUACACGAGCAACGAGGGACCAGACCCUGAGCUGCUGGAGAUCCUGACCCCUGGCAGACCUGCCUAUGAAAAAAAGUGGCACCAGCUGGGUGACGUAUCCAUGAACCAAUGCAACUGCUGCUCUGUGACCAGAGAUUCUUUGUCCUACGUCCUCAGCAGCCCCACCCCAGGCAAAUUCAAUGAUUGCCCCAGCAAACGCUUCAGCCAGACCAUCUCCUUCUGCCUUCAUGUAGCAGAUUGCCAGGAGUGGCUCCUGAAGUCAGAAGAGAUCCUGAUGACUCUAGUCCAAGCCCUUGACAGCUCCUGCAGCUGUGGAAUCUCUGUUGCCUAUUUCAAAGAUUCCAAGGCAGUCUGCCAGGAUCUGGGGCUUGUAUUCACCACUUUGCUAACUGCCAGGUCAGAAGACCAGUUGAGCAGCCUUCUGCUAGCCUUCAAGACCUUCCUAGAAAGCCCCAGAAUUUUGAGUUUUGAUGGAAGGAACAUCACAGCAGAAAGCUCCUGCUUCAAGGACAUUAACGUGCCAGAAUUGCCUCCAGAGAUAGCAGAAGGGACACAAGAGCCCUCUACACAAGUGGCCAAGCUACUUAUCAGUGAGAUAAACCCGGACAAUCCAGGAGGAAGAGAGGACACAGAGUAUGUCGAGCUCUUUUACACUGGACGGACACGAUUCAACCUUCAGGGAUACUGGUUGGUCCUCUACAAUGGAAAAAAUAGCCUGGCCUACCGGGUGUUGGACCUGUCUGGCCAUCACACGAAUGAGCUGGGUUACUUCCUGGUGGGGAGCAGUGCUGUGACUCCAGCACCCAUGAUCAGGCUGCCUUCAAACACCAUCCAGAAUGGGGCAGACGCUGUGGCUCUCUACUACAGCAACACCACCUUUUACAAGGUAAACAUGGCCGUGACUGCGGAGGGACUGGUGGAUGCAGUGGUGUACACAUCCCGAAGGUCGGAAAAGGCAGACCAGCUGAUCAAAGUGCUGGUACCAGGGCAGAGUAUCCUGUAUGAAAAUGAUUCUCACAGCACUGAAGAUGAGUCUCUGAGUCGCUGUAACGGCCUGAGUGCAAAACUCCAGAGCAGCUUCCAGGUGACUGUGAUGACACCUCUUGGCGAGAACUCCUGCAGCAACUCCUCCACCCUGCUUCCUUCUGAUUCUGCUGUCCUCAUCAACGAGCUGUGUUUAGUUAACGGCACUGCUUCCUAUCGCUUCAUUGAGCUGAAGGGGAAGCCCGGAGCCAGCCUCGAAGGACACAGCCUGGUGUUCUUCUCUGAGAAAGAGGGCAAAAUGUAUGCUAGCAUCCCGCUGUGGGGCACCUUUGGAGUCACGGGCCUGUUUGUGUUUACACCGGACAGAGGGCCCGAGCAUGAUGAGAUGAAGCUGACUUUCCAGGACAUCUCUGCUACUAGUGAAGGCUAUAGUGCCAUUGCUGUGUACAACACCAACUUGAUUCCUGGUGACAUGCAGGCAAAAUCAGAGAACCUGGUGGAUGCUUUGGUUUACACAUGUGGGCCCAGCACAGGUGGAGGACGUUUGGACUUCCUUGGACCAUCUUACAUUGUACCCUGUAAAGAUGACAGGCCUGUAUCUCUGAGCCGUUGUUCCUGCUGCAAUGGGAGUGCAGAGCUGCAGUUUGCUGUCUCGGACCCUACGCCCGGCUUGCAGAACAGCUGUCCCCAGAACUCCUUUGCGGUGGAUCUUAAUCUGUGUUUCCUGACACCCAAUUGUUCCACAUGGACCGUGAACCACAAGAGGAUGCUGAAAAGCAUGGAAAAGAUGCUGCUGAACUCCUUAGAGGAGAACUGCUCCUGUGGUAUCUCUGAGUUCUACCUACAGGAGCUGAACCUGACGUGCGCAGACUCCCUGGUGAAGGUCUCAGGCCAGGUGUGGGCCCGACUGCCGAAGCAGCAGCAGUCCAUCGUAGCUUGGCGCCAAGGCUUCCUGGACAGCCCCCACCCCUUCUCUGUGGAAGGGAGAGUGUUGAAAACCAGUGCUGAGUGUGUCACCUUGAAAAAUGCACCGUCGAUGUCGCAGAGCGUUUCCUCCUUCCAGAGCUGGGAAGUUGCCCUGUUUGUUGUGGGAUCUCUCCUGCUCGUACUCUUCUUGUUGGUUGGCCUGGCAUUUUACUUCAUCAGAAGACAUCCCUCAAAUUACACCAGCAUCGAAAUGAACGACUGCAGGGAGAUUGCAGCAGAUUUCUAAUGCUCCAAGGCACAGCUAUGGUGGCAAUCCAUUGCUUUUGGGCCAGGCACGUGUCUUUUUGGGUGGCAGACUGGCUGUCCAACACCAUCCUCCAAGGGGAUGGCUGGAAGGACCUGCAAAAUCCCACAGUACAACUUUAUAUAUACAUACACACACACACACACACAAUAUAUAUAAUAUAUAUUUUCUUAAUGCUUGAAUUAUUUUUACACUUCUAAAUUCUGGCUUCCCAGUAAAGAAGUCCAAAGAAAAA